GCCCAACCAAAACUAAAACUAAAACUAAACCAGCAUAUAAACCAAACAGGCAUAAGCAUUAGAUCGGUAAAAGGGCAAACAUGUUCGUGCAUCUUCUUCUUGGAGGGCGUCGAAGUCGUCGACUGCGACGUCAUCAUCGAUCGUCGCCAUCAAGUUAUUUUCAAGAAAAACGGUACGAGAGAUCGCUGUGGUUUCGCGCCAAUACUCACAAAAGUAACAUGAAGUGGUACGCGGUCGACAUUUCGAACCAAGAUAGUAGUGGUGUCGAUGAUGAAUGCAAGAAAUGGAACAAUUGCGUGAAAAGAGGAGAGAAGAACAAAUUGAAACUCAUCCCAAUCUCGAGAAAGAAAUAUUUCGAUAGCACCUUAGUUUGUUUGGAUUCCACUAUCUAUUGCCUCGGUGGAUUUUGUCGUGGCAGAACAAUGUAUGAGAUUCACCCCACUAACGAUGUUCGCCGAUUCAAAUCUGCUUCUCCCUCGCCCCGUUGGAAGAAUCUGAUUUCUGGUCUCAUGAAUGUUGGAAGAAACAGCCCCGCCGCGGUGGUUCUGGGUGGAAAAUUGUAUGUCAUGGGAGGUAAUCAUGUUAAAAUCGUUCCCAAAGGUACUGAAAAUGAUACCUGGGCUGAGGUGUUUGAUCCUAAGACUAAGAAAUGGAGUUUUCUGCCUAAACCUACCUGCUGUGAUAAGCCGCUACCUUCCGCUCGUUUUUUGUGUAUGGCUCUCGAGGGUUUACAGAAGAUUCUAGUGGCUGUAGCUUAUUUGAACGAAGCGUAUUUGUACCAUGUUUCUCAAAACAAGUGGACCAAACACCCUUUGACUAAACACCUUCGCGUUGCAUCGCUUGUCGACGAAACAAACAUGGCGGUUUUAGGCAGUACUUUGUAUUGGUACGACAAGUAUAACGACACCUGUAUGUACGCUUAUGACUUGGAAACUGGCAAAUCAUUCUCGGGGAAAAUUAGGGGAUUUAAGAAUCCAGCACGGAAGAUCAGAGUAGAUCCUUGUGAAAUGAGGACUUUCUUAUUUCAUUUGACUGGCAAAUGUUUUUGUUUGGUUUGGGGACAAGGGCCUACUGUACACUGCACCAAAUUUGUUGUGGAGAAAUCAUCCUAUUUGCCCAUUAAACGCAAAGCCUCUCUCUGCGCUUCCGUUCUCUCAUCUCAAGCUUAUGAUCUCGGUCCUAAUACAAAGUUUUCUGAUGUUGUGCUAAUGAAUAAAAGGUGUGAAUUACCUAGUUCGUCAGUGGUUGUGGAACUCAAAGAGCCAACUGAAUCUACUCUGAAGCUGGACCUCAUGGAUGUAAAUUGAUUGAAGAAGCUUCUGCAAGUUGAAAAGAUCUUGGUAAGUCAAAAUAUAUGUCAAUGUGCAUAUACUUGCCAAUGUUUUUGACAACUUGGGCCUUGACUAUGUAUACAUUUAUUGGCCAAUGUUUUAUGAAACAUGGUUUAUUUGAAAUUCCUUGCAUGACAUCUAUGUUCUACUAUUAGCUUAAAUGUACAUGUCUUCUUGGCUGCUACUAUUGCCAGCACCACCCUGUUACUGAGGUAAUGUACUAGCCUGUGGCUGCUGCUUUGGCAUAGGGCUAAUCUG